AUGCAGCCAACUGGUGCCACGAGGCACUGCCUCCUGAGGCGCCUCGCUUUGGGCAUGGUUGCCUUUGUUCUGCUUUGCCGAUGGUCAUGUGAUGGCAAUGAGACCUUUGUUCCUGCCAGAGGCAUUGACGGAGACAUGUCUCGGAGGGGGCUGCUAGCUGUAGCAGGACCAGCUUUGCUGGGUGGCCCCGGAACAGCAUCUGCGAUGACCCAGGGCAUCACAGACGUCGUUGAGUACAUGAACAGGCGCAAAAGAGAGCUCGUUCCCUACAUGAAGCAGGGCAUCGACUACUUGGAGACGCACGAAAUUGAUGAAAGGAUGAUGCUGUUCUUGCCGAAGAUGUGCCGAAAGAUGGAAGCCUAUGCUGGAUUGCAGUCGCGGGGAGCGGCUCCCGACAAGAACACUUACAGGCUGAAUGCCUCUGUCAAGGCUUUUGAGAAGGCGAUCAAAGCUGGAGACAAGAAAGCGGCACUGGAGGCCUUCCAGAAAUAUCAGGAUGACAUUCCUGAAGGCAUCGCGCGCUUCGACAUCCACAAUCCUGUCACAUAUGAAGGGCCUAAGGACGUGAACCUGCCAGCAGCUACCUAG